CUGUUCUGUCCAGAGAGCCUGUUUUAAAGUAUGAACCCUUCUAUUUGCUGCAGAUGCAACGAGGAGAUUUGGCCAAGGGCAAUCAAAAGCUUGGGCAAGUCCUACCAUCCGCACCACUUCACCUGCACGGAAUGCGGCCUGGUGGUGGAUCCUAAGCUGUUCUUCGCGGUGGCGGACGAGGUGGUAUGCAGUGAGUGCUAUCUGGGCAAGCAUGUCGCUCGGUGCUCCGCCUGCCGGGCUCCGAUCCUGGAGCGCGGCGUGGCCACUGGCGGGCGCAAGUGGCACGAAAAGUGUUUCCGGUGCGUGAGCUGCAGCAGACCGCUGGUCUCGGCGACCUUUUUCGAAAUUAACGGAUACCUCUUCUGCAAGUCACACUGGGAACUGUUUUCGUCCCGCUGUGCCGGCUGUGCGAAGCCCAUCGAUGAACGAGCUGUUGUCGCGCUGAGCACCAAGUGGCAUGUGAAGUGCUUCAGGUGCCAUGAGUGCCACCGAAAGAUCACCGCCUCUGAGUUUGGGAUCCAGCAAGGACAACCCGUCUGCCUCGACUGCCAACCCAUCGAUCCGAGUCCCCAAAAUUUGUGUGCCUCAUAAAUGUCUAGUUUCUAACUCCUUAAUUGGGCUAUUUCGAACCUGAGAAUGAGAAUGGGGUCCGCAGGGACUGGCCGACUCCUCCUGGGAAGCUCGGUUCAUCUCACCACAGUUCCUGUUUGGAAAAAUAUUAAAAUAUCAAUUAGGUCCAUUAGGAUUCGCUGAGCAACUCACCAAGUGGUCUUCGUGGUUCCGGGCUCUCCGCAUCCGUAGAGCAGCAUAUGGUGGGCCGUGUUCAUGGUAGCAUUAGGAUUGAAUC